AUGCCGAGUCUACAGAUACCAUCCGUCACAAUAGAAGAUUUGCAAACCUUUCAAGCGAAACAUUUUCCCAGUAGCCAGCAAGUCACAUCGCUUGACUACAUCUAUGGCGAGACUGUAGAUGAUGACAUUGACGAUGAUGAUGAUGGCCUUGGCUAUUACCCAGAUGGCGUGAAGCGUACUCUCACGGACGAGCAGAUCCGCAUCUUCAGACAUAGUGAAAUCCACUCGUUACUUCGCCAGAAACAACUGCGAGAAGAGGAGCUAGCUGAGGUGGCCCGUGAAUCAACGCCUGUGAGACAAGCUGCUGGGGGUAUUGCUGAAGGGCAAGAGGACAGGCCCUCUAGUAUUCCGGGCAGUCAGCAGGAGAAGAUACCCAAUGCGAAAGAGGGCAGUGGCUUGGAAUCGCAUGAGGCAAAGGAUUCGUCGAUAACGAAGCGGGCAGAUGAGGCAGGCUCACAAGAAAGACUUGAUUAUGAUGACGAUGCUACCGUGCAGCGGGAAGCCCAUGCUCGUGGUCCAAACUUUGCUGGACGCAGAAUCAUAUCCUAUGAGGAUUGA